AAAACAAAACUAAAAAGCUUUAAAAGAAGGCAAGUGACCGCGGAGAUUGUAGGAUGGCGACGGAUACGCAAGCGACGUUGUCGAUGGAGUCUUUACCUCUCGGCUUCAGAUUCAGACCAACCGAUGAAGAACUCAUCAAUCAUUACCUGAGAUUGAAAAUCAACGGCCGUGAUUUGGAGGUCAGAGUCAUCCCUGAGAUCGAUGUUUGCAAGUGGGAGCCAUGGGACUUACCUGGGCUUUCGGUGAUAAAGACGGAUGAUCAAGAGUGGUUCUUCUUCUGUCCUCGUGAUCGGAAGUAUCCGAGUGGACACCGCUCCAAUAGAGCUACGGACAUUGGAUACUGGAAAGCUACGGGUAAAGAUCGAACUAUCAAGUCCAAGAAGAUGGUUAUUGGUAUGAAGAAAACUCUUGUCUUCUAUCGUGGUCGAGCUCCUAGAGGAGAAAGAACCAACUGGAUUAUGCACGAGUAUCGUGCCACUGACAAAGACCUUGACGGUACUGGACCUGGUCAGAAUCCGUAUGUUUUGUGUCGCUUGUUCCACAAGCCUAACGAUGUUCCAAACUGUGACGAAGUAGAGAAUGUCAAUGCCACUCCCACCACAACUAAAGGCUCUCGUGAGGACAACUCUUCUGAGAUGGUCCAAGAAACAGCUACUUCUCGUGUACAUGCUCAAAACAUAUCAGAUGACACCGAGAGGUGUCCAAGCGACAAGGGAAGUGAUGUCAAGCCUGAUGAUCAUCCAAUGAUGAUUAAAACUGAGAAAUCUGUUGAUCAUGCUGAAACUUCUCGAGCCAAAGACCGUGUUUCCGGAAAAAGCAUACUAGAGGAAAGUCCAUAUGCGCGGGACUUUUCAAGUCUUUAUGGACCCAGCUUUGCUCAAACCGGUGACCAAACAUACACUCCAGCGCAUCCAAACAUCGGUUUUCCUGCAUCACAUAUGGAUUCUAUGUACUCUAGCGAUUUUGGAAACUGUCAUUAUGGGCUACAUUUUCAGGACGGUGCCGCCAUACAAGAUGAGUCCCUGGCAGAUGUCUUGGAUGAAGUAUUCCAUAACCAAUCAUCUAGUGAAGCGAAAGAGUUUGCACUUCCCAAAAUGAUGCAUUGGUCGUUUCCCAGAGACACCUUUGGUUUUGUUAACGGGAGUGCUGAAGCCGCUUGCCCACAGCCACAGUUUGUUCAUGACUUUGGAGCUUCCAGAUUAGCCAGUGAUAGCAAGGAGACAGUAGAGAUACAGUCUUCAUCCGGUUCCUCUAGGACCGUGACACCACUUCAUAGCAACGUUUUAGGGCAGUAUCCUGCUGUUUCUUAUGCAACUAUGGAUUCGUUUAAAUCUAAUGUCAACCAGCUUGAGCAGUCAUCCUUUCAGCCACACCCUGUUGACCACAACAUUAGUCCCAGUGAGUUUAACGCUAGGGCUGGAGAGACUCAGACGGAUCUUGACUUUGUUGUGAACCAAGGCACUGCUCCUAGAAGAAUCCGGCUGCAAAUCGACCAGCCAUUCACGCCGGUUAACAACAAGAACGACAGAGAUGUAGAUAGCUUUGAAGAAGAUGAAGUGCAGUCUGCCAUGUCCAAGAUCGUAGAGGAGAAUAAUGAACAAUGCUUCUUUGACAAGGACAAGAGUAAAGUACGAGGGCAUGCAAGUUUGUCGGACUCAGCAAAUAUAAGGACUCAGGGAACUGCUCAUAGGAGAAUCCGCUUGCAGACAAGAAUACAGAAGCCUGCCUUAACACCAAACAACACAGAAAGGGUCUCAAACCACAGUCGAGAAGAAAUAAGUCGUAGCAAUGUUAUGCAGGAAAAGGAAGAAAAUGUAUCGUCUCCAUCAUCAUCAUCAUGGCAGAAACAGAAGAAGCUAAUGAGGAAGAGGUUGGUGCAGUGUAGCAGUAUGGUGAUAAUAGUGGCGGUGAUAGUUGUUUUAGCAGGAAUAUGGAAAGAGUCGAGAGAUGCCAAAUGUAGCUUCUUGUUUCAUCAAUUGGAUUCCUCCAAAGGCAUGCUUACUUGAUAAUAUAUAGCGCCAUACUUCCUCUUUUUGUAUAAUUAAUCAUGUUUAGUCUUUUCUUUUGUUUUUUUUUUUUUUGAGUGAAUAAAAGACAAAUUCUCUAGAAUCAUUAACAGAGUAGAGUAGUUCUUAGCUCUCCGUCAUCAGGUCGAUCUUAACAUUAAUCAGAUAAGGGUUACC